AUGUCACUUUUACACAAUCGAAGUAGUGGAAGUAAUACGAGUUAUAGUGUUGCUUUCAGAAAGAAUCGGGAAAGGGAGCAGCAGGCAAUUGAAAUCGAUCCUCCGGACGAUGUGGAAUACGAUGUGGAAGCCGGUUUCAACUCUUCCACAUGCCACCUCAUGCACAACUUUGAAGAAGAACGUCCCACAUCUCUAGUCGCGUCAAUCCGAGAAAGUGCAAAGAGUUCUAAACGAAAAAUAAACUACUAUUGCUCAUUUGUGUGCACUCCAAUCAAAAAUUUGCUCCUCACAUUCAAAUUACUCAUUAUAAUCGGACUCUACUCGUUUAUAGGUGCACAUAUUUUUAUGUAUUUAGAAGUUCCAACAGAUUUAAAAGCGAAAGAAGAUGGAUUUCAUCAGAGGAAGAUAGCCAGGGAGGUGAUGGUUUUGAAUCUCCGCGCAAUCUACUACGACAAUCGAGAUGAUAGGGAGGAAAGGUGGAAACAUGCAAUAUUGAAAUUCGAGGAAGACAUGGGAUUAGAAGAACCAGUUGUUGAAACUGUGUGGACGUUUUGGAUGUCUUUCCUGUAUGCAGGAACAAUUUUUACAACUAUUGGAUACGGAAACAUUGCCUGCAAAACACAAGCCGGACAAAUCGCUACAAUGGUGUACGCUUUCGUUGGUAUUCCAAUAAUGCUUGUAAUGCUGACCUCGCUGAACAAUUUCCUUCUGAAAUGGAUAAAAAUAGUUACGAAUGGAUUUAGUGAUAUUUUGCUUUAUGUUGGCGUGCGCUUGGGAAUAACCGUAAUCCGUCAAGACGAAGUGCAAAAAAGACUACGCUACACAAAAUUCGCCAAGAAAAUGAAAGAAUGGAAAUUGUCAAGACACGCAGCACCAAGUAGUAUAGCGAUAAGCAGCUCUGAAGAAAAUCGAUUAGACAUCUGUCCAGAGGAUGAGGACGAGGAAGAAAUGGAGUUGGACCCUCCGGUACUCUCCACUCUCUUCGCCACUGUCUCCUGGAUUAUGCUCUCCGCCGCAGUGUUUUGUCUUUUCGAAGAUUGGACAUUCUUCACCAGCUUCUAUUUUUGCUUCAUCUCCCUCACAACUAUCGGUCUUGGAGAUGUGACACCAGCCAACCCGGAAUAUAUGAUUGCAACAUUCGGAGUUGUUAUAGUUGGUCUCUCGAUGCUUACAGUAUGUAUCGAUGUUAUCAAGGAGAAACUCGCUCAAAUGUACAUGGCAUUGCUGCAAAAACUGUUGAGAGAAUAUAUGGAAGCGGUGAAAAGCGGAGACCCGAAUGCUGCCUCGGCGAUGAUGGCUGGAUUUCAAGGGAGAGCAAAGUUCCUGAUGCCAUUGAUUAGUAAGAAUGAGGGAGCAAAGGUUAUGGACAAGUUUAAGCAAGACUGCUCGAAGAAGGGAAUCGAUCCGCCGCCGGUGCUGACUAAUAUAAAUCCGGAGACCGGAAUGCCUGCGUUUGCAAAUGCUCCGAAAGAGGAUUUCAGGGAUUAUAUUGAUGUGGCUGAAGAACGAUUCGCCGAGGAGCAACAAAAACUGACUCAAACUCCACUCUCCAAAUCCACCGACUUUCUGCAAUCCCCGACUCCCCGUCCUACUGUAUCAGCUGCGGUCACACAGACAUCUUCCCCACCGCCUACUGUAUCACUUGAAGUUCAGGCUGGCACAACUAUGGGCAAAUUUCAUGACUAUGGAUCACAAACUCAACAAGAAAGUUCUGAUGAGGGAAUACAGACGGAUUAUAGCAUGGAUUUCGAUGAUGAAAAGAGGAAAGAACCGGAGAAAGUGAUGGCGGACGCAGGGACUCAGUAUGAGAUUGUGUUACUCACCAGCAUUGGAAUCCAACCGGAAGUCUCCUCCAUCUACAUCGGUGCCGACUUAUCCGACCACUCUGAUGAGGAAAGUGCCUUCCACGAUUCAGACGAUGAUUCAGAAUAUCUGUCAUCCGAAUCCGUAGAAGAUCGAACACCAAAAUACAAAGAAACCACUCUCCCAUUUGAAGUUGAUGAUCCAGGAACGCUGGCUCUCGGUUUGCAAUCCCCACCAAUCGAAAUCACUCCGUUCUCUGACGAUGAAUCGGCGGCGCCACCAAGUGAGGCGAGAAGCUCCCCAGUGCCCACGUCUUCUAAGCCUACUCUGAAACCAGCAAAGGUUUCAAAAUCGGCGUCGAUGGAUUCUACGGAUACAGUGAUUCAUGUGAAGCCGGAUGACAGGAAAGAGGAAAACAAGGAUACCGAAAAUAAGGAAAAAGGGGAAUUGAGCAAGGAAGAAAAACGAGAGCGAAGAAAGAAGAGGAAGAGAAUGAGAAGCAAGAAAACUAGAGAGCAUGAGUUACGAUUUUUGAAGAAUAGUGGGAACCAGACGUCCCCCGUCCUCAUGGACUGCUCAACCCAAUACGAGAUAUUCACAAUUGAUAGUGGAUCUCAGUAUGAUGUUAAAGGAAGAAGCAGGAAGUGUCAGACAAAACUUUCCAGCAUCAAUCAUGAGCAGCUGCAAGGCAUUCGAGAGACCGUGCAGAAAUUGAGAAGGAGAGAAAGUGAAAUGAGCAAGGUGUCGAAUGUAUCGGAGAGUGAUUGGGAUAGUGGAAAGGAAGAUGUUGCUGAGAUCAGUCUGGACUUAUCAGUGAUUGCGUUGGGAGUUGAUGAGGCCGGACGGGUGGUGGAGGUCCCAAAACCUGCGGCACCCCAGGAGUCGUUGUCACCGUCAUCGGAAACGGGAACAGGAACAGGGGCCUCUGAAUCCUCUCCAUCCGCAGAAAAGGUGCAUCUGGAUUCGGAAGAUGAGGAGAUUGAAAGCCUGGAAGAACUUGAGUUAUACACAACUGAUACUGGAAUUCAGACGGAGACGAAGGUGAUGAUAGAUAGUCAAGAUUUUGCGACACCGAAGGCGCUGGAGAUUAUCAAGAAUUGCAGCACGCAGACAACGUUUAGCACCUUCCAUCUCCCUCAAAAGGUCUACGAAUCCGCAAGCACGUCUAGCGAUGAAGACGUCUCAAACGAUAAUAAUGAAGAAGACCGGGACAAGAAAUCAGUGCAAGAAGUGUUCUUUAUGACAAACACUGGAGUUCAGACAAUGCAUACUUCGUUCCAUUUAGAGGAGAAACCGAAUACUGAGGAGCAACUUCAAACUCAGACUCAAGUAGAAACUGAAACUGAAACAGAGACAGCGCCCGAUGAAAUGCCACUGUUUUUGAAGAAUUCUGAUUGUCAGACUGAGAAUUUAGGGAUGGUGGAAUGUUCCACGUCAACAGAAGACGUGAGAUUUGUGGGGGAUGCGGAGACAUCAGAAGGGUUCAGUCAGACGGUUAUAGAAUCAGAAGACCUGCAGGUUCAGACGAUAGUGAGAGAUUACCUCGAAACCACAAUGCAAACCGAGGAGCCUGAUCUCAUCACAGAUGCCUGUCAAACAGAUCCAAGUGAAGGAAUGGAAGUUCAUGUACAAACUGAAGCCCCAGAAACAAGGUCAUUCAUUUGUCAGACGGAACUGUCUUCUAGUUUGGAGGCAGAAGUUCAAGCAGCUCCUACUGUAGAGACGGUGCCUAUCGAGUGCCAGACUGAAUCCGUAGAUCAUGGAGAGGUGGAAGUGCAGACGGAGUUAGAGACAUCGGCUUCUGAAUCUCAAACAGAGGGAGUGGUAGUAGAUGAUUUAGAAAUGCAGACGGAUAUUAUUGAGUCGGUCACUUCAGAGUGUCAAACCGAAAAAGUGGUUGUAGAUGAUAUUGAAAUGCAGACUGAUCAGAUAGACACGGAGGCAUCAGAAUCACAAACCGAUAGACUAAGUUGUGAUGAGGUGGAGAUGCAAACUGAUGAGAAAGACACCCUUGCUUCUGAAUCCCAAACCGAGGCGCCGCCUACUGUCGAAAUGCAACAAACCCAGACCGACGACACCGCCGUCACCCUUCCAAGUGUAGAUCAAAUCACACAAUCCGAAAUAGCAGAGGUCAAAGAUUCGACAACUCAAUAUGUAGGCUUCCUAUUAGCACGGCACGCUUCUUUCAACCGCGCUCUACCGAAAUCGAAGAAAAUCGUGUGCGAAUUUGAGAGAAUCAGAGAAAAAGAGACAUUUUUCAAGGGAAUGUCGGUAGAGCGUAGUUGUAAGAACUGUGUCGAGCUAAUUCUUCUCUUUUGUUUUUCAUCUUCGAAUAAUUUUUUUUACCAGACGCUGUCACUGGAGGAUAGAGACGUUCAGGCGACACCAAUCUCGUUUGAAACUCAGACACAACAUUCCAUUGAAAUCGAAGUGAAAUCUUGCCAAACCGAAGGAGUUCGAAUGAAAAAUAAGAAGAGUCAGGUAGAAGACGACUCGCCGCUGGCAAUUCUCAAAAUAGAUAAUGAAAGUCAAAUAGAGGUGGACCGCGAGUCCAUCAACCUUUCUCCGAUUCGACUAGACGUUUCCCAUUCGUUCACAAUGACGGAGCCAGGAGCUUCUGAAGAGAAAGAGGUACAAGUGGAUGAGGAUUGCUUCGAACCGGAAGAAACUUCGCAAAGAUUUUAUGCCGGACCGCUAUGGAGUGAUUUCGAUUACACGCCGGCGUUAGGGGAUGACGAGGAGGAGGUGAUGGAUGGGGAGACUCAAACACAAGAUGGGAGUGAUGUGCACGUGGAAGAAGAUGAUGAUGGAGAGGAUGAUGAAGGGGCUCCAGAAGUCCAAGGAGAAGCGCCUGAAGCGCAUGAAAGUGUAUCUGGAGAAACCGGCACAGAAACCACAGCAAAAUCCAAGAAAACCAAAAAACGACGCGUCGUUAAAAAAUCAGGUUCCGGCUCUCAGAGCUCUGAGGAUCUUUUGGGCUCCUCUGGAGCCAAACGGUCUUCUGACAGCUUAGCGGGCUCUUCUUCAGAAAUUGGUAGUCCUCCAGACCCCGCCGAUGAAUUCGCUGUCCAAUGUUCCCCCGAAUCCUCUGACAUCAAAACCCAAACGGUCAAAUUUGUGAAAAAGAAAAAACGAACCGUGCAAUCGGCAGAGCCAAAAGUCGUCGAAAUGAGCACUUCGACUGUUCAAGCCACCACAGAAAUGUGCGAGCAAAGUGCUGGGGAUAUGGAAGACGAUUGGCUUCAGGUUUACGUCCAAGAACUAGACGAAGAACGCCGAAUGCGUAUGUCUGACAUCGGCAUACAAACGGGAGUUCUCGCGCGUGUACAACAUAUCUAUACACGUCCGAUAUCCGACGAUCAGGGCGCCACGUCAUCAGCGACCGCUCCAAUCACUCUUCGCAAAUCGUCCGAUUCAUCGGAUCACAUUUCCAUAAGAACCGCAAAGAGUAGUGAGGAAUCUUUGGCUCCAUCUGCUUCAGGGACAGCGAUAUCCGCCGCAGAAUCAAUGGAUGAUCGUUUGUGGCCGGAGAGGCCGAGCCCGUUCGCAUCGAGACACAGCUCAUUGAAACGGAGGAAGAAAGAGCCGGAUGCGGAGAAAAAGGGUGACAAGACAAAUAUUGUUCAAGACCUCCGCGCCAGAUUCGAAAUGAAAUCACCGGCUCCUCCGAAAUCACCACCAAAAGAUGAGGGAGAAGGAAGCUCGUCAUCAGACCCGAAGCAGUUCUUUUAA